GUGUGUGUGUCUUAUGCAACAUCACUGCAACUAAAGACCGUGUAAAAGUCAGUGAGGCCCUAAACCAUGCAGAAAGCUCAGGAGCAGAAUAUUUUCAUCCAUGGCACAGAAGAAGCCGGGCAGACAGGACGGGGCCCCGGCAGAGCUCCUCCAAGCCCUGCCAUCCCUCCUAAGAGAGCCAAAGUCACAGCGGAGCAGGGAGGCCCCGCGGCUCCAAUUUUUCUGCAGGAGCUGAAAGACACAACUGUUAGCAUCGGCCAUGACUUCCUGCUGAAGGUGGUUGUGACUGGCAACCCCCAGCCACACCUGACCUGGUACAAGGAGAAGGUACCUCUUGCUUCCAACAAGAAGGUCAAAGAGGAAGAAGAAGAGGACUAUGGCAGCCUCCAGAUCCUCAACAGCAAGGUGGCUGAUGCUGGAGUCUACAGCUGUGUGGCCAAGAACAAGCAUGGUGAAGCCGUCAGCACAGCCACUGUGACAGUCACCGAUAUGAAAGACUCGGAGCCGGGAGAAGAUGAUGCCAGCAGUACACAGGUGACCCAACGCAGCCAUCUACAGGAUGAGACGACUUACAGCUCCCCUACAGGGGAGUCGGACACGCUGGUGGAUGCCUCCAUGAAGACAACGCCGACCUCGGCGCCAGGUCUGUCCCAGCCAGAUGAGCAGGCCAGCUGGUCAGAGAGCCAGACCACAGUAUUGGAAAAGGAUCCAGAGUCUGGGCUCCCAGUGGGAGGACCUUAUCUACACCCCAGCAUUCCAAGGCAAGCACCUGCCGAGGCCCGGCACCUGGGGGUGGAGCCGCUGGUACGGGCAUCACGGGCGGAGCUGAUUGGUGUGGCCCCGGGGACCGAGGACAGCCUGUCUCUGGGGAGCGACCCCUACGGCAGUGCCUUCAGCCUGUACCGGGGCCGUGCCCUCUCGCUGCACGUCAGCCUCCCCCAUGGUGGAUAUCGGAGGGAUGAUGUCAAUAGCAGCAGCAAAACCAGCACAGAUAUUCUCCAACGCCCAGUAACCCCCCGAGCAGGGCAAUGCCCAGUCCAGCCACCUGGAACCAGCCAUGGUACCACACCACCUGUGGUUCCUCGAAGAAAACUCUUGAUGCCCAAUGAAUUCCAGGACACGGCAUCUGAGGAAUUUGAUGAGAAGUUGAAGCGCCCUAAAUCAUCUGGCUACUCUCAGGUUGGCACAGGAGAGUCACGGCCCCAGACACCACUGAGUGAGGCUUCCAGUCGUGUGUCUGUCCUUCGCCCAUCCCCCAAGCUGCCACGGUCAGGCUCCAAGAUUGUCGACAAGCUCAAAUUUUUUGAAGAGCGACGGAAAAGUCUGGAGCAGAAUGACAAUCCUUUUGCAGGUCACACAUGGCAACCCUUACGCAAGUCACGUUCUUUUGAUCAGGCUGGUUUUGAUGAUGCCAGUCCCUUCCUCUCGGUUGGCUCUCACGAAGACCUUCAAGAGGAUUCUCGUUCAGAAUUUGGAGAUGUAUUUUCUCGGCGUCAUAUCUUCCAUCAGAAAGCAGCCUCUUUGGAUGAGCGCGGCCGCUUCUCCAGUCAUGUACAUGAUAUGGAACAAAAGUUUACUGAGGAACUGGGGCGCAUCAAACGCACCGUGUCUCAACAGCAGCUGCGGCGAUCCCAAGAAUUGUUCAAGUCACCCACUGCAAUUACCUCCAUAGAGUCAUCUGUCCCCAAGGUUCCACCGCCACGGAAACUUAAACCAAUGAAAGUUUUCCCAGCUACAGAAAAUGCACAUGGUGUACAGCAGCUGGUUCUGUCCAGUGUGGGACUAGUGGGACAUAGGGAUGAGCCCAAAAAACCCCCAAAGAUUCUGUCGAGGAGUGCAGCCAUGACUGAGGAGGUAGGAGAACAGAACAGAGGUCAAAAGGAAACAGAACUGAAUGGCCAAGAUCUGCGGCAGAAAGUGGAGCAGUGUCCACUCUCCCGUGCUGCUCCAGGGGGACAGAAAAACGUGCUGCAUGUAUCAGCUUUAAAUAGCCAGGAUAGCACAGAUAAAGGGCCUCUGAAUGCAGCAAAAGUCAGCUAUGAAUCAAAGGGUCUAAGUGAAGCUUCACAUGGCCGGAAACGGGAAUCAGGACAGGAUGGACAUUCUCUGCCUUGGGCCAAGACAGAAACUGGCCCAGACAGAAGCAAAGCAGGGAUCCAUGGUACAAGCAGAGAAUUCGACAGAAAGAUUGGAAAAGUGACAGAAAAAAAAGACAAUGCAUUGCAACCUCAAGAAGGGAAGAGUGCACGGAGCAGAGGCAAAGGCCGACGGUCCCGACAAAUCUCACCAGAACCAGAAUCUUCUGAUGACUCCUACAUUUCAGCGGGUGAAGAUCCCCUGGAGGCUCCCAUUUUUGAAAUCCCCAUCCAUGAUGUAGUUGUCAUAGCUGGGACUGAGGUGCUGUUCAAAUGCAUCGUCACGGGCAACCCUUCUCCACAAGUGUCUUGGAGGAAAGAUGGCAUCCCCUUUCGGAGCAGCACGACUCGUCCCAUCAAAGCGGAGGGCGAACGCCACACUCUGCUGGUUAGGAGUGCCCGCAUGGCUGAUGCCGGUCUCUAUACUGUCUGUGCUAGCAACGAGGUGGCUGAGACCUGCUGCAGUGCCAUCUUAACUGUGCGGCCAGCUCCCCCAGAGAUCCACAGCCGAUUGAUGCCCCGCCGUGAAGUCAUCAGCCCUGUCACCUCAGAUGAAGAGUACCUGAGCCCUUUGGAAGAGUUCCCCGAGUCGGUCACCCCUCAGCACCACCCUGUUAUGAAAGUUCAACCCCGCUCUGAGAGUGGCCUGACCGCGGCACACGCAGACCUUAACUUCAAGGCUGCACCAUGUUUUGAGAUAGCACUAAGUGACCAGACGGUACUGGAAGGACAAGAUGUGGUCCUGCGCAUUCGGGUGCAAGGAGAGCCCAAACCCAUUGUGCACUGGUUGAAGAAUAGACAUCCGGUAAAAUACGGACGGCGCAUUUCUGCUGUGGAAGAAGAGGAUGGAUCAUUCUGCCUCCAUAUCCGCAUGGUGGAAUGCACAGAUGCUGGCUAUUAUGCCUGCAAGGCCAUAAAUGAAUAUGGCACCAAACAGUGUGAAGCCAAGCUUGAUAUACAAGUGCACCCUGAGACACACUCCCUGGCGGUGCUGACCCCGCUGCAGGACGUGGUGGUGGGGGCUGGGGAUGCAGCGAUCUUCGAAUGCCUGGUUUCUGGCCCACCGGAUGUGGAUGUGGACUGGCUGUGGCGGGGGCGCCUUCUGCAGCCUGCCCUGCUCCAGUGCAAGAUGCAUUUUGACGGGCGCAAGUGCAAGCUGCUGCUUACCUCUGUGCAUGAAGAUGACAGUGGUAUCUACACGUGCAAGUUAAGCACAGCUAAAGAUGAGCUGACCUGCAGUGCCAAGCUAACAGUGUGGCCUUCACGCCAUCCCCUCUUCACCCGCAAACUGGAAUCUGUGGCUGUGGUGGAAGGACGAACAGCACGGUUUGACUGCAAGAUCAGUGGAGAACCCCCACCGACCAUCGUUUGGACCCACUUUGGCCAGCCUGUACAAGAGGGGGAAACCAUGCGUAUACAGCAAGAUGGGGGACUCCACUCUCUGGUCAUCCUGCAUGUGAGCUCCGAGGAUGAGGGUCAGUACGGGGUGAGUGCCAGCAACAAGCACGGCCGAGCUGAGUGCACCGCAGAGCUGUAUGUGGAGGAGCCGCGGCCAGCAGCUAGCUCCCAGAUUUCCAAGCUGGAGAAGAUGCCAUCGAUCCCUGAAGAACCAGAACAAGGGGAGAGUGAAGUGGAACGCUUCACCAUGCCGGACUUCUUGCGACCCCUGCAUGAUCUGGAUGUGGUGGAAUCUAAAGAAGCUGGGCUAGAGUGUCAAGUGGCUGGCCUUCCUUAUCCAGCCAUUACCUGGUUCCACAAUGGGCGGCGCAUUGAGAGCUCUGAGGACCGUCGAAUGACACAGUAUAAGGAUGUACACCGUUUGGUCUUCAGCUCUGUCAGUCACGCCCAUGCUGGAGUUUAUAAAAGUGUUAUUGCCAACAAAGUGGGCAAAGCUACCUGCUAUGCGCACCUCUAUGUCACGGAUGUGGUACCCACGCCUCCUGAUGGUCCACCCAUCAUAGCAGCUGUCACUGGCAGAGGUGUCACACUGAAAUGGAACGCGCCAAAGUGGCUGGAUUCAGCUAUUGACCCUGCCUCUGUCACCUAUAUUCUCCAGCAGCAGAUCCUGGGGUCCAGCCACUGGACUGUUGUUACUACAGGCUUGCAUCAAACCAGCCACACCAUUCUGGCUCUAAAGAAAAACAUUUACUAUAUGUUCCGUGUACUUACAGCAACAGCUAAGGCGAACAGCAAGCCUUCUCCGCCCACAGAACCGGUGCAGCUCCUUGAUCAUGGUCCGUAUAUGCCGGAGGCCCCUAUCAUCUUGGACAAGCCAGAUGUGGUGUAUGCAGUGGAGGCACAGUCGGCUUCCAUCACUAUAACUCUCAACCAUGUUGAAGCUGCUGUCACCUGGAGGAGGGCUGGCAUGGCGCUCAAGGAUGGUGAUCCCAACUGUGAGAUGAGCAUGCCUGAUGACGAUCAGCACACCUUGCGAUUCCUCCGGGUGGGAAGGGGGGAUGUGGGGGAAAUAACCUGCGAGGUGAGCAACCAGCAUGGAUAUGACCAUGGCUUCGUCAGCAUGGAGCUGGCAGAGGCACCACGUUUUGAAUCAAUCAUGGAAGAUAUUGAAGUUGGAAUAGGUGAAACACCACAGUUUGCAGUGGUGGUAGAGGGCAAACCGCUUCCAGAUAUCAUGUGGUACAAGAAUGAGGUGCUCCUGACUGAAAGUAACCACCUGAGCUUCGUAUAUGAGGAAAGUGAAUGCUCUUUAGUUGUGCUGAACACAACAGAGCAGGACAGUGGAGUCUACACAUGUACUGCACGCAAUCUGGCUGGAGAGGUGUCUUGCAAGGCUGAACUCGUGGUUCAUGCAGAGCAGAGUGACAUGGCUUAGCAAGACAAGCACAGCAAUAAGGAGCAUAGUUGCCUGAUGUUUCACGAUGUCUUGUUUUCUAGGGGAGCCUUCUCAUACAUGCGGCGAGUGACCCAGAAAAGCACCGGUUUGGCUUUUGCUGCAAAGUUCAUCCCAUGCCGGGCCAAAGCUAAAAAAUCAGCCCGUCGUGAGCUUGGCAUUUUAGCUCAGUUGGACCAUGAACGUAUUGUUUACUUCCAUGAUGCCUUUGAGAAGAGGAAUGCCCUCAUCAUCAUUACAGAACUCUGCACUGGAGAAGAACUGCUUGAGCGCAUUGCCAGGAAGUCCUCUGUGAGCGAAUCUGAAAUCCGCUGCUACGUGAGGCAGGUCCUGGAGGGAAUUUGUUACCUCCACCGCAAUGGCAUCUUACAUCUUGACAUUAAGCCUGAAAACCUACUGCUGGCUGAACCAGGCAGUGAUCAGGUGAGAAUCUGUGACUUUGGCAAUGCCCAGGAACUGACUCCAGAUGAACCACAGUACUGCAAAUAUGGCACCCCCGAAUUUGUUGGUCCUGAGAUUGUCAGCCAGAGUCCCGUGUCCGUGGUCACCGAUGUCUGGCCUGUGGGAGUCAUGACAUAUCUAUGUCUCACAGGGAUCUCCCCAUUUGUGGGUGAAAAUGACAAGACCACACUCAUGAACAUCCGCAACUACAACGUGGCCUUUGAGGAGAGCAUGUUCACAGGACUGACCAGGGAGGCCAAAGGCUUUGUUAUCAAGGUGCUGGUUAAUGAUCGCCUGAGGCCUAAUGCGGAGCAGACCCUGGAGCAUCCCUGGUUCAAGACACUGGCCAAGGGCAAGAGUAUCAGCACAGAUCAUCUCAAGCUGUUCAUAUCUCGCAGGAAGUGGCAGCGCUCCCAGAUUAGCUACAAGUGU